CCGCCAACUCUCGUGCUGCUUCUCGCAAUCCUCGGGAAAUAGAUGGCCUCGGCUCUCCACUUUGGGCCCCUCACACUAUACCCCCACCCCCACCCGAAGGCUGCGCCACUUCAGCAGCCGCAUACAGCCUAAGAUGGCGGCAGGACCGAGCGGAAAUGCCCACGUGACCUAGAGAGAACCGCUCUGUUCCCAGAGCCUUAUUUCAUUUGGACAGAAAUCUCGCGAGAUCUCGAAGAAAACGAGGAGGGGGGGUGACUCACCAGAGUCUUUACGAAACGAAACGGGAGGGAGGGGAAGGCAAACCAGGGCGGGGAGGGAGGGGUAGAGAUCUCGCGCGAGCAGCGCUGUAAACAUUGUGUGAAGAAACCUCGCGAUAACACCUAGAUCCUCCUGAAUCGGGAGGAGUCCGCAGCCUCCCUAGUUCUCGCGGUAGCCUUGGGAUUUCUUCGCCCUCCCCCCACCUCUUUAUGCGGAGCGGAGAGUUCUCCCCGCGAUACCUUUUGCUGCAAGCAGAGGUGGGGGGAGGGGAUCGAGAGGAGGAAGAAGGGGCGUGGUUUGCGCGCUGAAGUCAGCACGGCGGCUGCGAGGGGGCGGAGGAAUAUAUAAAGGCCCGGGCCGAACUGGGGGGGUUUCAGUUAGAGACGCGAUUCCGAGGCGAAGUAGUGGCGAAAGCGACAGCGGCCCAAGCUAGUUCUACUUCUAGUGAAUCCGAAUUUCUCUACGCGGAGCGGGACCUCCCGACACGAUCUCUCGUUAUGAGUCAUGUGGCAGUGGAAAAUGCCCUCGGUCUAGAUCAGCAGGUAACCGGGGGCGGGAUGGCGGGUGGGCUUGGGGGACCGAGGCGUAUCCCCCCCCGCUCCCCGGCCUGUUUUCGGGGGCCCUCCGGACUCAUUGAAUCGAUCCUAGUUCGCCCCUUUACUCCUUUUAUUCUCGCCCCCCCCCGCAUCCUCCUCACGCCGCUCUCCUGGUGGCGCAUUUGACUGUGACGCAGUUCCUUUUGUGGGGUUCGCCCCAUUGGCGCCUCCGCGAAGCCCCGAGCCUCCCUCGGGAAAGGGAGCCGAGCGAGGCCAGCGGAGCCCCCGCGAACGAGGGAAGGGAGCGGCGCGGCGGAGAGCGGAGGGUAGCUCGGGUGAAGCGUCGCCGGGCCCUUUGAGGCCUGCUGUGGGGGCUUUGUGCGUCGCUGGCGAAUGCUUACAUCUGCCGGGCCCCCUAGCGGCGGCGGCAGGGAACUGCAGCGGGUGGGGGACAACGGCGGCCAUUGUGCGUGUGACGAAGCGAGGAGGGGGGAGAGAAAGAGGCUGCUCGGAGGCGCGUGCGCGGCUCCCUCUGUCUGGGGAAGGGGAGGAGGAGGGGGGAGUGGGAGCCACAAUGGCUCUGGUGCUGCUGCUGCUCCUCCCGCUCUCCCUCACGCGCGCGCGCGCGCCCCCGACUCCUUUGUCCUCGAGGCCCACGAGGUGGGGGGGGGAAGGGCAGGCCUAAGGCCGUGUCUUCCUCUCGUCUUGGCUUCUCGGAAGCCUGUUUAAAAUGAAGUUGCGCCUUCCCUCUGCCCGGUUCGGGGCGGGGUGGCGCUGCGCUAGAGCCGGCUCCCGAAGUAGGUCACGAAGCCGGCCGGGAAGGGGAAAGAGGAAUGAGCCACGUGACGCGGCCGGAUUAGCGGCCGCCAGUGAAAGCCGAGCGCCGCUGCUUGUGUCGCUCCGGCAGUAAACCCCGGCGGGGGGGGGGCGCUCCGUCUUCGCCAGGCCCGCUUGUGGGGGCGGGGAGGAGGGAGCGCUUUCCCCGAAGGCCCACCCGGCCGAGCGAGCCUGCCUUGUACAACUGCUAUUGGCUCUGUCUGAAGGCCGCGCGAGAUGAUGUGCAUCCAUCUUAAGUUGAAAAAGGGGAUUCUUGGAUAUAAAUGGAUUUUCUUAUUAACCCCCCCUUCCGCAAGCAAAAUUCAUUUUCAUGAGUACAUGAAAAUAUUCAGCAGCGGUAUUUUUUACCUUGGUUGUAUAUACGGCUUGGACAAUCCUAAGGCUUAGGCCCUUUUUUCUUGACAGCUUCAGUAAAACUACAGGAAGGCUAAGGUAUACAGUGUAAGCUUAAGUUCCAUUUUAUUUUUAAAAGCAUUGGCACAAGUAGUUACGUUUGAGGAAACGGGAAUUUGGGUUGUAGUCUACUGUAUUUUUGAAUGCAAAUAUUAAGCAUAUUGGAAGACAGCACUAAAUUGAGGCCUUUGUCCAUAAUGUCACAUGCUUUAAGUAAAACCAAAGUACGUUUUAAGGAGGUAUGGUUUAAAUUGACAUUAAAUUUACAACAGCAAUAUCAAAGCUAUUCUGGUGUCUAAGGCAGAGAGCCUGGUAAUUUACAAUGUGAGAUGAGAUUAGAAAUUCUUUACUACUUGAAGUAUUUUCAAUUAAUCAGGUUGCAUGACUAUUCUCUUCCUUUUUUAAAAAGUUUGCUGGUCUAGACUUGAAUUCUUCAGACGAUCAGAGUGGAGGAGGUACAGCAAGCAGUAAGUAUAUAAUUCAGAAUUAAAGCAUCUUACUGCAGCUAGUAGAGAAUAUUUGAUGGCAUGUUGGUCCAGUGCAAUAGUAGAAAAAUGGCAGAUUUUGAUGCUUGAGAGAGCAGAUCUAUGGCAUCCUGCAAGUACUGUAAUUGUAGACUACUAAAUCUCAUUGGUAUUCUAUGUAAAUCAGUUAUACGUAAAUCUGUUAUACAUUACGUAUUACCAUGCUAGAAACUUGCCUUUAAAAUGAAUGUUAAGAACCUUAAAUGGAUGUCUGCUUAAUCAGUUAAUUAACUGCAGACCUUGAAGGAAUAGACUGCAAGUUGCAUACAGUUUUGGUGCAUAAUAGUAUGAGCAUUGUAUCAACAAAAGGGAUUUAGUGAUUGUGUUACUCAAGAGUGCAUAAAUUGUUUCAUUUGCUAAAACGGGGUAUGUAUGUAUUGCCUAUAGUGAGGCGGCAGCACGUUCCAGUUAUUGUUGUUACUAUUAUUUAUUAAAUUUGUAUAUCAUCUGAGAAUACAAAAUACAUUACAAAGCAAAACAAACCAAUAACCCACUUCCCACAAACACAUUUGGAAAUCCAUAGAAUGUUAAUUAGCCAAAUGCCUGCAUGAAGAGCAGUUUUCAUUUGGCACCUUUAUUACAUAUAUUUAGGUGUCCCUAGGGGAGAGUAUUCCCCAAAUGGGGAACCACCAUCCAAAAGGCUCGUUCUUGUGUUGCCACCAUUUAGUUUUUUGCAUAUUUAUAACAAUGAAAAUACUUGGGAACGGGUGCUAUAUGUUUAGACUAUAUGCUUAAGCAUGAAGUACUUAAACACUUCUUAAUGUGCAUGUUGGUUUGGUUUUUUGCUUAAAAUACUGUAAGUUAUUUAUAGUUGCUAUAGCAAAAAUGACUAAGUUUAAUCAAUAAACAACAUAAGGUGUUAACAAUCUUGGCAAUAAAAGAGCAACAGACUUUGCUGUACAGAGUUUUAAUUUGAAACUUUUUUUUCCAACUUUCAGAAGGCCGGUACAUUCCUCCUCACUUACGGAAUAGAGAAGCUUCAAAGCAGGGUAUGUUCGUUGGUACUUGAAUAUAUGGAGCAUCAGGGUUAAAAAAAUAGGGUUACAACUGAAUUGAACUGCAAGAAUCUCAAAGUGUUGGGUGCUCAGAUUCAGGGAGAUUUGGUACAAGGGGUUGGACAUAUGAGUACCUAGGCUUUUGAAGGUAGGGAAAGGUAUUAAGAGUGCACAUUUAAGUAACACCUUAUUAAGUCUGUGGCAAAAAUUAGAUUCCUUCAUUCUACAGUGGGUACGGGAAAUAUUUGGGAUCAAUGUAGUUAGCUAGGCAAGUCAAAGUAAGCUGCUGAUUGAUGAGCUGUAUAUUUGGCUUGAGUAAUAAAGCUACUUAAGUAACAGUGCAGUCUGUUGUAAAAUGUAGUGCUUGCAUCCAAGCAGAAUAAGAGAAUGGUUUGCUCAUUUAGAAAGUUAUAGUAAUCAUGAAGUCAGGCAGUGAUUCCUGUAUUGAAAUAUCCACCCCAUUAUCAGAGUCUUUGUCAAUAAAGAAUUUGUAAGGGAGUGGCCCACACACAUUAUGAAAAUGUAAAAUAAAUGGUGACUGUAUACCCGUACUAUCAUCUUGAUUGACACUGGAAGCAAUUUUCAGCAGUUCCUGUAUACCCUUCUAAAUCUGCUGUGGAAGUUUCCUUAACCCUAUGGAGAUCUAGAAAGGAUGUGGUGGAUUGUAGAGCUGAUGAAGUACUGGUGAAAAUCCUCCACAUUCUACUAAUGGAAGUCUUACGGUCAGCUCAUUGACAUUUUUUUGUUUUCAUAGUUUGGUACAAUCCAUUCUAAUAAGAUGGUGGCUAUACCAUGCCCUGAAAAACCCUAUGUGUAGCCUGUAACCAUCAAUCCUGUUUAUGGGGAAGUUUGAACACAGAGCUUUGUCCAAGGAUUCUUGAGCUUUAAGCUGUUGGUUGAUUAAGCUCUUAAUCUCCUGCUAAAUUGCAUCGUGGUACUCUAAAAAUUCAACUCUCCAAUGCUAUAGGGGAAUAUGCUGCCUUAGUAGUGUCUGAUCAACAACUAAACUUGGGCUGCAAUCCAGUACUCAUUUACCUGGGAGUAAGUUAGUGUUUUACUCCAUGUGGCUUAAUUCAAAUAGGAUUGAAGUGCUGGAGACCAUCAGGUCUCAUCCCUCUCCCAACCUGUGACACCUUGUCUUGCCUCAGAUGCCUCUGCAAAAAUUACGUUGCUUGUGGACUGGCAGGGAGGCACCAAGAGUUCUCUAGAAUACUUUUUACUUGCAAUUGUGAUCUUUCAGUAUUUUAGCUUAAAUCUGCAUGGAGAAACUAAUUUACUGUGACUAUAAAUCAGUUCGUUGGUAAGUAGCUCUCAAAGUUAGGUCUCUCCCUACUUUGCUGCCAGAAGUCUUUUAAAAUAGGUGUGGAGAACCUAUGGCCUUCCAUAUAUUGACUGGUCUACAACUCUGGCCAUGCUUGGCUGAAGGGGAUAGAAGUUGCAAGUCCAGCAUCUUCUGGGAUGCAGGUUUCCAAGCCUACUCUAAAUAUCUGCAGAUUGAAUAUUGUGUCCUUUAUUGAACCAUGAUCUCUGCACAGUUCAGCAAAGCGGUCUGGAAGUGCUACUGAAUUUGGGAGCAGGGAAAUAAUGUACAGAUACUAGUUUUGCUAGUAUUCUAACUACUAGAUAGGAAAGUUUAGGUAUAGGGUGCUUAUUGUCAGGACAACUUGACUCUGCCCUCUUCGUUGCUCAACUGAUAGAAGUUGUGAAUAGUGGCAGAACAAGGGGCAUAAGAUGAAGCUUGUUCAAAUUCACAGAUUCUAAUUUCUAUUAGAAACUAACAGCUCUUUGCAAGAAAACUCAGUUGUAUUGGGGCUAACAAAUACUGAAUGGCAUUGAUAUCCAUCUAUUUGUAGUUGUCCUUACCCCUUCUCUCCUCGUGUAGGUAUGGAUACUGUAAAGACCAAUAGAGUUGUAUCAUAAAUCCACAGAAGCUCUUAUCACAAUUGGUCAAGUAUGUCACAAGUUCCUUUAUUUUUGCAACAGACUGAUACAGGUGACUGUGCGCAUUUGGAAGUUGUUGCCUCACAAGGACAUGCUUAGAAACAUUGAAGAGUGAUUCCUGCUGCUUCCAAGGACUAUCCAACACAAGAGGAUAGAAUGAACCUUUCCCAGGGGAAAGCUUAUUCUCUCUUGUACGCAUGUGGUUCAUUCUGAGUUUCUCUCAGUAGAUCCAUAGAAAUUAAUGGACCUAAGUUAGCCAUGUUUGUUUAUUUCAAUGGGUCUACUAUGAGUAGGACUAGGACGCAACCCUUAAAAGCAGCUGUAUAAAUUAUUGAGUGUGACGUAGCACAAUACCUGUUGAAUCAGAUGCAUUGCCCUUUUCUUGAGGGAAAGCACUCCUUGUGUUGGACUGUUUGGAGCUGUUGAGAGUUUAUCUUGGCUUCUCAGGGUGUCUUGACCUGGUGAGAGGCUGGCUCCUGCCAUUCCUAAGCCCUCUGUACAUGUGCUUUGGCAGCAGGACGGGGUUCCCCUAUGCUGGCCACCAGGAGGCAAGAGAGUGCUCUUGUUCUCUUUCCCUCUCAUCGCCAAAGGUGAGCUGGUGAGUGAUUGUGAAUGUGGAAGCCUGGAAAGUUGACAUCUUCACACGGAUAUUUUUAUGUUGCUUGAGUAAAAUAUCUUUUACAGGUUGAAGAAAGUCUACUGUACCAUUAUGUUGAGUUUUUUAUGCAUUUGAACGGGAGUGAAUUAUAAUGCUGGGAGUUUUAUGGCUCUUUUGCAGCAGGUAAUGCCUAUAACUAUGCGGCAAACUACUAUUCCAAUUCGAUGCCACCAAGAAGCUGUAAGUUGGUGUCAGGAUGGAGUGGUCUUAAAAAUUUGUCAUUUGAGAGCAUGCCUCUAAGCAUAUUGCAUAGUCAUAACUUGCAGUCGACUAACUGUGUGAGCAUUUGUUCCUUUACGCUCAUUGUCAGGCAUGUUUCCUUUGCCUGCAACUUUAACCUUUUUAGGGUUAAUUUGAAUACAGUAAACCCACAACUUACACACAGUUAGCUAGUAUGCAUUCAGCUUUACAUGCGUGGCAAAAAAUAAAAAGGGAGCGGGGUUCAAGAAAACAUUUAUUCGGCAAUCCCACCUGCUAUUGAACCCAAUGUGUUUUGAAUUUGGCUUUAGAUGCAAUCCCUGGAACGUAAAUUCUGCAUAAAUUGCGGGCUUAAUCUACUGGCUUACUGUGUUUAUGGAAAACUACACAUUAAGAAAACAACAACUUCAGUUGCACUUUGUACCUGAGCAAGCUUUUGUCGCUUCUAAUGGAUAGACUGAAAAAGACAAGGAAAGGUUUCCAAUUCUGCACCUUAUAAAAUUUAAACCUACAACAAUCCUAAUACUCAGGUCUGGCAAGUGCUGGAAUUGUGUUUUUUGGAUCUUCUGAUUUAUUAAACAAGGCAUAAAAGUAGCUGGCCCACAAGACACUUGAAAGUUACCAAGCCUUUUUAGUGCUAAUUUUCUAGCAAGUUUACCAUGCCCCACAGUUUAUUUAGUUACAUGUUGAAGCUGAAUAGUGUGCAGUGCUGUCUGGUGUGAAUAAGGUAUAAGAAGAGCCCUUCUGGAUCGGUGCAAAGGCCUAUCUAGUUCAGCAUCCUGCUCUCACAUUGGCCAACCUAAUGCCUAUGCGAAGCCAACAAGCAGAAACUUAGCGCACCAAUUCUAGUUCUUUCCUCUUGAUAAGUACUUGGAGGUAGUAAAUAGCUACUGUAACUAGUAGCCAUUAAUAACCAUUCUGUUUGGAUGUAGAAUUUUAGACACCUAAUAAAAUCUUUUUAAAUAUGGAAGGAAAUAACACGAUAUACUCUGAACUUAAAUACCAAUAAUUUAUUUUCCUUAAUUAAUGGAGGGGUUGUGUGCUUAAUCCAAUUUAAAGAAUUUCCCAAUUAAAAAAAUCUAUGAACUUCUCCCCAUAGUCCUUGGACAGGUUCUUUAAGCAGGUUCACAGAACUUAUAUAAGUUUACAUAUUAGCCUAAUGUACUACAUCUUUGAAAACUAUUAUUCCAACAGAUGUCAUGUUGCUUUUUUCAGUUCUUUUGCAUUUUGGUUGCUUAUAGGUUGGAUAAGUAUUUGAAGUAUUUAGAAUAGCUUGUUCUAAGUAACUUAGUAGAACUUGGCAUUUUGAAAUCUAACACAAACUUCAGGUUUUUGGAAUGUUAAAGAAUAACAAUUAGAUGGAGCAGAAUCUUACUUCAUCUAAUCUAGAGAUGUAAAAUCUUUUUAACAGUGCUGAACAAACAAUUUUUCUAGAACUUCUUAAAAAACUGAAAUACAUGUACAGUAAAUUGUUAAAUACAGAAAGUAUAAAUGUUAGGGUGCUGUCCAACUCCCUAAUCUACUGUGGUAGCAGGGGGCUCUCUCUUGUGAGUCCAGAUCAAUCUGCUCUGGCGGUGCAGAUUCCCUAUUCACCCACUGAAAAUGUUCACUGGUAGGAGUACUGUCAGCAAGCUUCACUCCACCAGCUCAUAAAAAGUCCCCAACUGGGGAGGGAUCAGGGUAAUUCAGCUGGCCUGGGAUCUGCUGGAUCCUGAGCUGACCCCACUGUUGUCAAUUGAUUGCAUUGGUCCUGAUAGCUACAACAACUCUGCUCUUGACUUCCAAGCUGACCAGUGUGAGUGACAGUGCUGUGGGUGUGGCAGUGGCUCUGCUAAACCCUGCAGCUGCCUGGACAGAGGUUCAAUUGCUCUGCUAGUCCGACAAAUAAAUUCAGCAUCUUCGAAGUACCAAACGUGUCUCAGUGGAAGGAUCUUGUAGUGAACAGAAACCUUGUAGUGAACAAUCUUUUUACUAGGGCUUAAGUAGUUAGCAUCAUCUAGGAAUUGAAGAAUCAAUACAACCCCCUAAGGUAACAGUGGGAUAGUUUGGAUAUCAUGCUAAAUCACAGUUAAGUGUGAUGCAAGCAAGCCUUGGACUCGUACACUUCCUUCUCGUGCUUCCUUUGGUGUGCAGCCAUCAACAGGAGUUAAGACUUCUUUUCUGUUAAGUGCAGUUUAUGUCCAAAUUGACAAGCCUGUUAAUGCUAAUUCUGGUUUCAACUUGGCUUGUUGCAAAUGGUUCUGUAGUUAAUAUUCACCAGUUUGUCAGUUUGGACAUCUAGCAUUGAUACCAAUCUUUUUGGGCUAUUGGGCACAUUUGGAAUGAUGAGAGUUCUGUGGGCGUCACCACCUCUGGUUGCUUCUUUCUCAUCUCUUUCCAUCUCCCCCUGCAGACAGAAAGCACACAUUUUGACUUGAGUAGAUAUUGGAUCCAGUAGAAAAAAACAGAUACCCAAAAAAUGACCAUGAGAAUAAAGAUUGCAGUGUGAGACUGCACAGUAAAAAAUGCAGAUCUGGUCUUCCCACUAUCACAAACAUAUCAAUGGCACAAAUUCUAAUGGAUGUCCUCCAGAGUACCACAGUGGCCACCCCAGGCAUAACAAGUUGUGGUCAAGCACAAAUAUAAGUUGAAGCCUUCAGAACUCCUUGUUAGCGUGUCAAGGAAAGUGUGUGAGCCCAAGGCUCACCAAGGUUCAUUUGCAUCAGUUAACUGGCUUAGACUCAAACAUCAUUUUAUGAACUUUAUACUGCAAUCUGCUCUUACUAGGAAGCAGGAUUUGUAAUCAAAAUAAUACAACACUCAUCGUUGACUGGUCUGUCGUCAUUCCAUUCAUAAUAAAAUAUAUAUUUGCCAAGUUUAGCACAGGAUCUUGAAUCUUGCUUCAUUCGGUUUGACUAGCUUUCUUUAGAACAUGCUUCUGUUUUCAGCAUGGCAGCGAGUAUUGAUGCACAAAACUAAUACACAUACGAAUCACUGCAUUAGUUUCUUUUUUAAAAAAAUCUCUUGGCUCAACUAAAUACACACCUUUCUAUAAAACCUGGUUUGCAGCUUUGUAAAGUGGUUCACAAUGCAGCAUCCAUGUCAGGCGAAGGCUUGCAUUUCUAAUCAAGAAUUUAGGCCCAACACUACUCUGCUUUUCCCCGAAAGGAGCCUUUCAUGUAAAUUUCUGGCAGCAAAAGUCGCACUGAUGCUGUGGAGCUUGCAAGAACUUGCUAGCGCAUUUUACCCUUUAAUUUUGUAACUUUUUAUUCUCUGCCAAAGAUUCCCCCAGCUGGGACUCUCGUGGAGGUAAUGGCUAUAUGAAUGGAUAUGAUCGUGACAGCCGGAUGAAUGGCUACGAUCGUGAUCGUGGUGUGUUUGGAUCCAGAGGAGGAUCUGGACGUGAUGACAGAGGUGGGCGAGGGAGACCUGGCACCUUUCAUCCAACAAAACCUGAGUGUCCACUGCUGCUCUUGGCAAUAAAGACAGCUUCUUUCUAGAGAGCUUAGAUCAGGUUAUAGUAGCAUAGGUUGAGACUUCUUAGGGAAGUUUGAGGCUUGGUUUAUCAAGUACCAUUUGCAGAGCUGCUUUGCCCUCAGCUGGAAAGCUACAGAAUUAGUACUGAUUCUUGUUGGUUAUUUGAAUUUGGAUCCUGGAGCCAUUAUUAUAGUUACAGCUAUAGGAUACUACCGUAGAAUUCUGGAGUUGUAUAGUUAUCCAAAUCAAACAGUCAUACGAAUGUCUCAAGAACAGUGAAGCUUCUCACUGAGUGGCCUCAUUAUACCAGUUACCACCGACUCCAGAUUUUGCCUGUCAGGAAAUACCAUCAGUCUCCAGGUCUUUUCACUGCUUUCUAUUUCAUCAUCUUUGCUUCAGUGUACCUGUGGACACAUUGAUGGACUCCGGGAAGGUCUCAUUUUCAGCCCAGGUUGCCAUUUUUUUCUUGAGACAAAUUAAUUGUAACUAGAAUAAGAUAAUGACAUAAUUCACGAAAAGUUGCCUAAUGGCCAUACUCUACUACAACGCCAUGGGCACAAAAGUAGGCAGGGUCCUAAUGGACAUUUCUAGGCUUUGCUUUUGGGGUUUGCUGCAGCUCGAGAGAAUCAUCGGCUGCUGCCUCUUGAAUAUAAUUUGCUACAUGAUCACCCUGGACCAGCUUUUUAAACUCUGCCAUCUUGCAAUAUUGGCAGUAAAACACCCGAUUUCAGUGCCUUUCCUUGAUUUAAAAUGUGCAAUAAAAUAUGGGAAUUUCUCUUAAGACAGGCUGCUAAUUACCCAAACAUUUUCAUGGUGAUGGUUUGAGGGAUUUUGUAGGGAUUUUGUAUCUUUGCACUGAGCAUCUACACAAUCAGUGAUUUCAUUGGUGAUUUUAUUAUUCCUAGGAUUUGAUGGUGGGUGGAAUGCUGGCAGAGACAGGGAUGCUGCAUACAGUAGCUUUGGUGCAAGGAGUGACCGUGGAUCAGGAAAAUCAAGCUUUUUUGCUGAGCGUGGUAAUGGUUCAAGAGGAAGGUAAAAAUGUAGCUCUCUUCCCAUUAAAAAUGUGAAUGCCACCACUGUAAAACAUUCAGUAAUCUGUAGAAAUAGGGGAGAACUGACUGAGGUUAAGACAUGUGCUUUUUGUGUUGAAAGCCUACUUUGUAGCUCUUAGGCUUGCAUUGACUGCAGCAUGUUAAUUUUUAUGUGUAUAGGGCUACCCUCUCAUUUCCACCAACUUACUGCUGUAGGACUUCUAAAGUUUACAUCCAUAUAAUAGAAGUCCUUGUGCCUUCUUAGCAUUAGCACAUAGGCCCCAGCAGAAAGACAGGGGAAUGACAAUUUAGAGCAACUUUGCAGUUAUGGCAUAUAUCUGGGAUUGGAAGGAGCUCUUUCACUAAGCCUUCUCCUUGUUUGAUGAAGGACCAGGAGGCUGGGGCGUUAAGGGGAUGUGGCAGAAUUGUGUUGUGAGAGCAGUAGAGGAGUUAAAUGAUAGUCCAAUUCCCAACGUGGAUUAAAAUGCAAUCUGAACAGGUGUGCCACCUCAAAUUUCAUUGGUAUUCUGUCCACAUGCCUCAUAUGUGAGACAGUUGAAAUAUUGGGGUAAUAUAUCCUUCUCAAGGGGAUGUCAAAUCUUGGGAAAUAGAUAGCUGUGGUGUUAUACGGAUUUAUUGUUUAAUUAUAUCAUGAAAUACUUUGAAGCUGCCUAGCAGCCAGGCAGCUUCAUUAGUGUGUUUAGUACAUCACAUCACAGAAACUGUCAUGAAAACUGGUUUUAGUGUAAUUUCAUGUAAUCUAGGUUUGAUGACCGUGGUGGAAGAGGCGGUGAAUUUGAUGGCAUUAGCAGUCGUGGUGGUGAUAGAAGUGCCUUUGGCGGCAGAUUUGAUCGUGGUGGAAACAGUCGUUGGUCUGAUAAAAGUGAUGAAGAUGACUGGUCCAAACCACUUGCCCCAAGUGAACGUGUGGAGCAGUAAGUACUAGCAGUGGGAUCUGGUGGUCUGUAAGUCAGGUAUUCAGUGCUGUGUGAUAGUACAUUGAAUGUUUAUCUUCUAGGGAGCUGUUUGCUGGUGGGAAUACUGGCAUUAAUUUUGAGAAGUAUGAUGACAUUCCGGUUGAAGCAACAGGCAACAACUGUCCUCCACACAUUGAGAGCGUAAGUAUUUGUUUAAUGCUACAACUAGUGUGCUGCUUACACUAGAAUACCAAGGGACUACUUUUAUACAUUUAAAUUAGCGUUGUGGAUCUGAUGGUCCUUCAAAAGGGACACUUUACUUAAAAGUCUUCGUCUUUAAUAAUCUAUGUGAUUGCUAUAGGCAACAUGGAAUUGCAUGCAGAUGAAUGAAUGCAGGAUGUUGGAGGAGGAACAUAACUCUCCUUGCCUCCAGCAGCACACUAUAUUUUUAUGUUAGGCUUUGAGAAAUAUGCUUUGCUGCCUUUGUAUUCAGCAUAAACAAAAGGGGAUACCAAGAAAGGGAAGGGGACAUGCCAUCUUACAUAAGAAUCAAAUGGGCUGGUGAGGAAGAUGGGAAGUUUCUUCCAUCUGCAUUAGCCCACUGCAAGACUUGUUGGUAUCCAGCCUUUUAGCAAGAUGCUGGAAAAUGAGGGGCAAUUCUCCGCCUAUCCUCUGCCUUCCCCUCUUCUGAGUGUAAAGCAAACUUUUUGGGCUUUUACCAGGUUGUUUAAUAACUUGAACUCUGUUGCAGUUCAGCGAUGUUGACAUGGGAGAAAUCAUUAUGGGGAACAUUGAACUCACCCGCUACACUCGGCCUACUCCAGUGCAGAAAUAUGCUAUCCCUAUCAUCAAAGACAAGAGAGACUUGAUGGCUUGUGCCCAGACAGGCAAGUUUGUGUUGGCUAUGUGUUACUGCAGUGUUCUAAUUGAGAAAUUUGGGGGUGUUAAUUGAGGGUUCUUGGGUGUACAUAGUGAGGGAUAGGCCAUUCCCUUUACUGGCAGUUGACUCUAGCACAACAUGGACACCGAUAAUGUGGUAAAAUGUAUAUUAGGAUUUAAAAUACCACCCUAAAUUUAAUGCCAGUUUCAGAUUAACUUGAAAUGAGUACAGGAUGGAUGGAGCAUAACAUUUGGGUGGGAUUUAUGGAAUGAAAAGGUUUUUGCAUUGCUUUAAAGAUUAAAUGUCUUUUUUUUUUUUAAAGGGUCUGGAAAAACUGCUGCAUUUCUUCUGCCCAUAUUGAGUCAGAUAUAUACAGAUGGCCCAGGUGAUGCCCUCAGAGCCAUGAAGGCAAGUUCAUUAUAUCUGGUUUAAACAAACAAUGCAGUACUUCAUUUUAGCACUGUGCGCAUUGCCAUCUCUGUUACAUUGCUGAAAAAUGUAGAUCUUGAGUACAAAUAUACCCUUUAUUACAUUUAUUCAUCGCUUACUACAUAAAGCAACAUAAUUUACUAAAAGCAAUCAUCCUGCAAUAUUGUAGAAAGGAUGGAUUUUUUUUUUUUUUGCACCCCACUAAAAGAUAAAUAUUAAAGCAGGCUAGGGUACCAUUAUAGCGUAUAAGAAUCAAAUGCCAGAGUAAAUGACGAAAUGUUGGCCUACUGCCUAAAAGUUGAUAAUUGUGCCAGGCACCUCUCCCCAACAACCCCAUCUAGAACAGGUUCCACCAUAACAGCAGGUGAAUUGAUUUUAAGACACUGCCAUCAAAUAAGUUUACACAUCAGGAUGGAGUUUGCACAGAAUUACCCAGAGUAGGUCUAGGUUCAGUUGUAGCCAGCAUCUUGAUUAUGAUGACAGUCACACUGCUAGAAUAGCUGUGAUGCUAAUAGUUACUGGCACAGCUUGUGGUUCUCCUGCCUGGGUGCAGUCAUGAACACUGCAGGAUUCAGACCACAACCUUUAAAAAGCUUUAUGGAAAGAGCAGAGUAAAAGGUGUAAACACUUGGGUAGCAGAUUGUGUUGAGAAAUAACUGUUACUAGCAGCUUAUUUUCCAGCUGGUAAUGAGGACUUAAUAUUGCAGGAAAACGGAAGGUAUGGACGCCGUAAGCAAUAUCCCAUCUCACUCGUUUUGGCUCCCACAAGAGAGCUGGCAGUGCAGAUAUAUGAAGAAGCCAGAAAAGUAAGUAUUAUUCAGGGAGUGGCUAAUACAGCCACAUUGACCUAUGGUUAACAAUACAGGAGCUGAAGGUGCAAGUGACAAAUUGCUAACUUUUAAAAGAGGAAAAUUGGGUGGGUGGUUAAAAAACUUUCAUGUAUCACAGAAUCACAGCAGUAGUGGUCACUGAUUCUCCCCGCCCCCCAAGAAAAAUCUUAAAAGAACAAAAAAAAAAUUGGGGUGAGGGAAUCUGCAAAAAUCCCAGGGCAAGGGGGAUGGGCACAUGAGGCCUGUAGAUUAGCCAGCCCUGUGGUAUUGUGCUCCUAGGAACUUGAUAUCUCAAGUCUUGAAUUCUAAAACUAAAUUUUGUUCCCAUAGUUUGCAUAUCGCUCCAAAGUCCGCCCCUGCGUCGUGUAUGGUGGGGCCGACAUUGGUCAACAGAUACGUGACUUGGAACGUGGUUGCCAUUUGCUUGUAGCAACUCCAGGUCGUCUUGUAGAUAUGAUGGAGAGAGGAAAGAUUGGACUGGACUUUUGCAAGUAUGAAAAUAAUAUUUUAAUAAUUUUAGCAUUUUGACAGCAGCAUAUUAACAUGGAAUCUUGGAAAUCCUAAUGUGGUCUUAUAAUACCUUCCAGAUACUUGGUACUGGAUGAAGCUGAUCGUAUGCUUGACAUGGGGUUUGAACCUCAAAUCCGUCGUAUUGUUGAGCAAGACACUAUGCCACCCAAAGGUGUCCGUCAGACUAUGAUGUUCAGUGCUACUUUUCCAAAGGAAAUUCAGGUAUUCUGUUUUGCAAAGUAGUUGAAUGCCCCAUUUCCAGUGAGUCAGCAUACUAUAGAAGUGGUGAUACUCAAACCCAGCAAGCAGCUGCUGUUGUAGGCAGCUAACCAUAGGUAGAGAACAAGAAAAAUUCUAAGUAUUCCCCCCCCCGCCCGAAUACUUUGUUUCUAGUUUAAAAUAUGGAGAGAAACACCUAGUUUGUAUGCGUCCAUGGAAGCUUAUAGCUAUAGGUAAGUCUAAUGGGGGUGGAUUCAUUAUUUAAUUGUCUCUCAUACUGAGUAGAGUUCUCUCUUUUGAAGAUGCUUGCUCGUGACUUCUUGGAGGAAUAUAUCUUUCUGGCUGUUGGCAGAGUUGGCUCUACAUCUGAGAACAUCACACAGAAAGUAGUGUGGGUGGAAGAGUCAGACAAACGGUCAUUUCUGCUUGACCUCCUAAAUGCCACAGGUAAAGACUGUUUGGGAGAAAUCCAACACAACUCUAAUGGCUCAGGUAAUGAGAAUCUAUGUUAGGUGGAGGAAAAGCUUCAGACUUUUCCUCCUUGUUUUCUCCUAUAUUUGAAUAUUUUUCUUUAAUCUGCAUGCAGCUAGCUUGACUAGUAAAGUUGUUAUUUUUUUAUGGUUGCAGUCAUAAUACUAGUUUGCACCACUUGGUGGUGCUAUAACAAUAGAUUUGGCAUUGUUUUGCUAAUGAGAUGCUUCGCUUACAUAGGAAAAGAUUCCUUGACUCUGGUGUUUGUGGAGACUAAAAAGGGGGCUGAUUCUCUGGAGGAUUUCCUCUACCACGAAGGCUAUGCUUGCACAAGCAUCCAUGGUGAUCGCUCUCAGCGAGACAGGGAAGAGGCAUUGCACCAGUUCCGUUCAGGCAGAAGUCCCAUCUUGGUUGCCACUGCAGUAAGUAUAGACUUGGUUAAGAAAAUGCUUGUGUCUUUGUAUUGGCUCUUUACACUGCAGUUUGAGCUUAUGGGGAGCUGAUGGCUGACUCUUUAUCUUCAUUAGGUAGCAGCAAGAGGAUUGGAUAUCUCAAAUGUAAAGCACGUCAUAAACUUUGAUUUGCCAAGUGACAUAGAAGAAUACGUGCAUCGCAUUGGCCGUACAGGCCGUGUCGGGAAUCUUGGUAAGACACUCUUCAUCAACACCUUGAUAAAACUUCCACGGUGGUAUAAGCAUUUGUGUUUGCAUACUAUGUGGACUUUUAAUGUCACUAAACUCCAUCAGCAUGUUUUGAGUAUGAAAAAGUUGGUAACUGAGUAGACUAGAACUGGUUUUGUGCAGAAGAUCUUUGGUUAACAGAGGCAUGUUGUGAAAGAUUCACAUGAAAUAUUCCCAUUCCUGCAAAGCACACGGCAGAUUACCUCAAUGUGGGAAAGGGUGGAUGUCAUUAUACGCCUGUGUGCAAAAUUUCUUGAAUGCUGCUUUACAGUUCAGCUACUGCUGUAAUUAAAAGUUUUUGUAAUUGGAGAGCACUCAGGAAUAUGUCUUACCCAUGCUCUUGGUAUUUUGAACAUACAGCUUCCUUACCUUGCCUUAAUAUGCUGUAUUUCUUUCUUUAGGUCUUGCCACAUCAUUCUUCAAUGAGAGGAACAUAAAUAUCACAAAAGACUUGCUAGAUCUACUUGUUGAAGCUAAACAGGAAGUACCAUCUUGGCUAGAAAAUAUGGCAUAUGAGCAGAUUCACAAGGGUGGAAGCAGUCGUGGGCGAUCAAAAGGGUAAGUUGAGUUAAUCCCUAAGCAGUUAGAUGUCAUGUAGAUGAGCUGGAAUGAUACCCAACGUCAAAGCAAAAUACUUGACUUCCAUAUAGCAGUAUAAUAUUUUACUUCUGUAUUCCUCCCUUUGGCCCUUCAGUGGAAGACAGCGCUCUUCCUUUCUGCAGGAUGAGAAGAAUAGUAAUUACUAGCCAGGAGAGGUUGCUUUUAAAAGAGGACACAUGGAGCAGCAUGAUAAAAAAUUGAAACCAUUGCCCUCGCUGGCUCUGGGGAAAUGAUAUUUUAGUGGAGUAUGGCCCAUAUAAUAAGCCUGCUCAGCAGAAGGUGCUUGGUGUAACACAAUUCUUAAGAUUCCAUUAUUAAGCACCAUCAAAAUAGUUAAUUUUUAUUAUUAAUCAGCAGCGGAGAUCUUAGGAGAAAUAUGGUUGUCCUUCAAUUUCUAGAGCUCUCAUGGUGGCUUGUAACUCGAACAUUUAUAAACUAUUACUUUGAAGCAGCAAGGUGGAUUUAACAGAUCUGUUUGCUUGGGUCUUUAUACGAGACUCCCUUUUACCUGGCAAUACACAAUUCUGCGCUGGAUGAGUGCUCUACGGAUUGGGAGCCACAGCUGUGAAGGCCCUUUAUCUGGCUGCUUCUCUCCCAGCCUCUGAAGGCAGGGGCUGCCAGAGGCAUUUAGGCUGGUUUAUGUGGAAGUGGGCAUUUCUUCAGAUACUGGCUCUGAAACGGAUUGGGGCCAGCAUUGCUUUGCUUGGCGCCCCCUCUCCCGAAAUACCUUUUAUUGAAAAUGAAAUACAUAACAUUAAAAAUUAAUAUAGUACAUAAUUUUAGCCAAGGGACUGGCAAUUGUUGAAGAACUAGCUAAGAUGUUUGAUUAACUGAAUUUCCUGAUGUAGCAACAUGAAGGGCAGUGAAUGAGGAAAUGUAUUAAAUAGCAUACUUAAGGAACUGUGGUCUUCUAAUUGCAACUUGUUGCUGUUCUUUCCUCUAGCCGUUUCAGUGGAGGGUUUGGUGCCCGAGAUUAUCGAACAAGUAGCAGUACCAGCAGCAGCAGUAGCUUUGGCAGCAGCCGCACAAGUAGUGGGCGCAGCGGUGGCAGUGGUGGUGGCGGUGGCCAUGGAGGCAGCAGAGGAUUUGGAGGUGAGUUUCAUUUCACAGUGUGCCUUGGGCUGUUGGAAUGAAGGAAGGUGGUGGGGAAAUCUAAACUCUUGGGUUUUUCCCAAACUGUAGAAAAUAAGAUUGUAAAGGUAAAUUCACUUGGUCAUAAACUCUUCUUGCCUUUUUGUCUUAAUAGGUGGAGGUGGUGGCUAUGGCGGCUUCUAUAACAGUGAUGGAUACGGAGGAAACUAUAACUCUCAGGGGGUAGAUUGGUGGGGCAACUGAUCUGCUUGCUGCAGAUUCUUACCAAACAAGCUAAUAUGGAAACCACAUGUAACUUAGCCAGACUAUACCUUGUGUAGCUUCAAGAACUCGCAGUACAUUACCAGCUGUGAUUCUCCACUGAAUUUUUUUUAAGGGAGCUCAAGGUCACAAGAAGAAGGAAAGGAACAGAAGCCCUACUUUGAAGGUUUAAAGACUCCAUUGUAGUUGAGAUUAACUCCUCCACCCCCCUACUCCCAGACUGUAUUUAUAAUUUUGUGACUGAGGAUCAUUUGUUAAUGUACUGUGCCUUUAACUUUAGACAACUUUUUAUUUUGAUGUCCUGUUGGCUCAGUAAUGCCCAAGAUUAUCAAUUGUCUUGACAAAAUUACUCUACUUGGGCUUUAAAAAAAUCAAACCUUGGCACGCAGGUGUGAUACAACUUACAGGAAUCAUUGAUUCAUCCACUUUAUACUACAAAAAAAAACUUGUGCGGUGGCCUGCAUUAGGGCUUUGAUACUCAGAUUUGAAAAAAUAAAACAUCUUGAAGCAUAUCAAUGGAAUUAGUUUCUAAUGUGGCAAAACUGUACUAAGUUAAAGUUGAUUUGCUCACUCUAUCCUGGAUAGGUACUUAGAACCUGAUAGUCUUUAAUAAGCCAUUCCAGUCAUGAUGAUGAUGAUGAAGUGAUGUAUGGAUACAUGCAUACAAGCACUGUUUUAAAGUUAAUGCAAGUAAACACAGCAAUUCCAGUGUUUAGGCAGAUUAUUAAUGUGAGCUAGCCAAAUGGAGGCGGAACAUUACAGGGAAUGUUUAAAGGUCUGAACUUGAAAUAGUUUUUAGGAGAAUUCAUCUACUUAGACUUUUCAAAAUUGCCUGCCAUAUUAAAAUUGAAAUGGUAGAAUGGCUGACCACAACAGUGAUGGGUCCACCUUUUAAGGGCCUGACUGAUUUUUUUGGUCUUAACGCAUGCUAGUGUUGAUGUUUUUUGGUCAAGGGGGAAUGAACAGGAAGAAUUAUGCAGCAGGCUUUAUUUUAAUGCAGAUUCACAUUACUCUGUUCAAGCUGCGUUGAAGUGUUAACUGGCUUACUGUAGACUUGUAAAAUGGCUCCAGAAGAGUAACAAAUUCUGAGAUCACAAAGGUUGGAAUGUACAUAACUGCACAAGGUUUCAAUUCUGCUAUCAAGUGCAGUUUUAGUCAGUUUUAGUUGCAUAGGUUUCCAUUGUAUUUAGUCUGUUAUGCUGAAUCUGGCCAAAGAUAAGUAUUUCCAACAGUAAAAUGCCUCUGCCACUUAGUUUCUCUGAGCUAUCUUCUGCGGCCAGAGCUGUUACCAACUCUUAGUCUAAGUGGCAUAGGACAACAGCAAAAUCUCCUAAAGUGCAAUAGAUCUUUUCAAGUGUAUUGUGCCUUGUUCUAAACUUUAAGUAGGUGCACUUGACAGUAUUUGAGGUCAUUUGUUAUGGUGCUAUUUCAAUUAGUCUAGAUUUAGGCCCUUGUACAUUUUGCCCAUAACUUUUUACAAAAUACUUCUUUUAUUGCACAUUCAGAGAAUUUUAUAUGUCUUGUGUGCGUGUCCUUAACUUCCAAUCUUAUUUUGUCUCUUGGGAGACUGAACGCAGCUUGUCUAAGGAGGAGGAACUAGAUUCUAAAACUGGGACCAUGGGAAUAAUGGUUGGGAAGAAAACUUUGCACACGACAGAUUUCUAGAUACUUUUUGCUGCUAGUUUUGUGUAAUAUUUAUUGAACAUUUUUGACAAAUAUUUAUUUUUGUAAGCCUAAAAGUGAUUCUUUGAAAGUUUAAAGAAACUUGACCAAAAGACAGUACAAAAACACUGGCACUUGAAUGUUGAAUGUCACCGUAUGCGUGAAAUUAUAUAUUUCGGGGUAGUGUGAGCUUUUAAUGUUUAAGUCAUAUUAAACUCUUAAGUCAAAUUAAGCAGACCCGGCAUUGGCAAUGUAGCCGUAACUUUCUGAUAGUAAAACAAAAAUUGGCAACUUUAAAAUUAAACAUGCCAAGGUUUUGAUACACUUGUCUUAAGAUAUUAAUGAAACACUUCAAAACACUGACGUGAAGUGUCCAGAUUCUCAGAUGUUUGUUGCGUGAGUUUUUGUUUAGUUGUGUGGUUUUUUUUUCAGUGAAUGUCUGGCACAUUGCAAUCCUCAAAACAUGUGGUUAUCUUUGUUGUAUUGGCAUAAUCAGUGACUUGUACAUUCAGCAAUAGCAUUUUAGCAAGUUUUACAGCCAGCAAUAUUAUUCAGUUCAGAUAAGGAUUCAAUCAUAUGCAAAGAAUGGGUUUAAUCAUAUGCAAUGAACGGAUUUAAACUUGCUGAAUGUAAAGAUUUGAACUUCAAGUCACUGUAGGUUUAGUAAUUGCUUAUUGUAUUAGUUUAGAUGCUAGCACUGCAUGUGCUGUGCAUUGCUCUCAAUUUUAAUAAAAUAAAAAGUUGAAAUGCACUUU